AAUGCUCUCUUGGCACUCUUUGCCUGUCCUGCCCAAUUUUUCCCCAAUUUAAUCAAUAAAAAAAAGACUAAUGUUUUGAAUCAACUUCUCCAAUAUAAAUAAAAUAAAACUUCAUUAUGAAUUGCGAAAUAAAGAAAUUUAAAACACAGAGAGGAGCUAUCGCUAUUGAGAUUGAUGGUUAUAAGUUCAGGAAAGAUCGAGCCAUGGCGAAUGGAAGAGUGUCGUUUAGAUGUCUUAAAAUCGGAUGCUCAAUGACGUUGAAGACUAACGCCGAGAUGGAAAAUGUAUUAGAAACAAAUCGGUCGCACAAUCAUAAUGAUUCAGUUUUGAAUACUACGAGUCAAGAUGGUGUGAAUGACGUUUCCAUCCGUGAACGAAUGUCUUAUGCUGCAGUCCUUUCUUCUCCACCUAGUUCUUCUCCAAUGAUGCGUGAUAUGGGAGUAAAUACACCCAAUGCCAGAACUGUGUCGCCAGGAGGUGAGAAAGUCAACAGGCUUGAAAGAGAUAAAAUUGAGAGAAAAUUUACUGACGGUUGCCAGUGA